AUGUGGGUCCUGUACCUGUGCAUCCCGCACAUCCCCGUGCAUCUGCUGGACUGGCCGCUGGUCAUCACGUUGGGACUCGCCGUGCUCUCGCAGCUGCCGCGCCACGAUAGCCACGUCGUCCACGCGGCGGUGACAGCGGCGCUCGUGGUCUACGCCAUCGUGCGCGUGAGUCUUACGAGUCUGGAGAGCGGCAGCACCGAGAAGUCCAUCGUGGACGCUCUGGCCGUGCUCUGCUGCCUGUUCCCCGUGUGGCUGUCGGUUUGCAACCUGCACCUGUGGCUGCCGUCGGACCUGAGCGUGCUGGAGAAGGUGGAACGCAAGAUCUACGAGCAGUACCUGGUGACGGAGUUCAAGCAGACGAAGGUCGCGGGGCUCGGUACCAUUCUUGUGCCGUAUUGUGGCGACGGCAAGCAGCUACCGCCGCGUAACCUGGUGCUGGUGCACGGAUACAUGGCUGGAAAUGCCUUCUGGGCUGCGGCAAGUGAUAAUCUGCAAACUCUGGCGAAAUCCUUCAACGUGUACGCAGUUGAGUGGAAAGGCAUCGGGCGCUCGGACCGCCCGAAGUGGCAUCCGAAGACGGACGAGGAGAUGGACGACUUUUUCGUUGAGUCGCUUGAAGAUUGGAGACGGGAGGUUAAUCUCGACCGCUUCAUUCUCUGUGGCCACUCGAUGGGGGCCAUGUACAGUACCUACUUUGCGGAGAAGUACCCGCAGCGCAUUGAACACCUUAUUCUGAUAUCCCCGGCUGGGGUCAACAGCAGCGGCCUGAGGAAGGAAGAUCUACCGUCAUUUUUGAAAUUCACGUCGCUGUUUUACAUCACACCGAUGGUACGCAGCACCCUCGAUGUUGUUGCUAUCCGGUUCGCUGGUCCUCUAGGACCGGGCCUCGUACGAUGGUCUUGGCGGCAGCGCAUCAAAUGGACGCCGGCUACGAACAUCGUUCGAUCUGGAGAAGUGGACUUUGGUCUCAUCACCGACUACUGCUACCACAACUGGGGCCUUCAGGCGUCUGGCGACAUUGCGUUCUACACACAUUUGCACCCCGGUGCAAGUGCGAGACGUCGGGCGCUGGACGGAAUCCUUACGCCGGAAAAGCUGCGGGUUCCUCUUACCAUAAUGUACGGUGGUGGCAUGGAUUGGAUGAACUCGGAAUACGGUGAAGCUGUUGUUCGCCGUCUGGAGAAGACCCAGUACGCCGUUUUCCGCCUCGUACCGAUCUCGGGCCACCAGGUGUUCAUGGACAACCCGGGCGAUUUUAACCAAAUGCUGAUCCAGGCCGUGCGUGACCAAGAGCAUGCGGCAGCUUCAUUUAACUGA